ACAAACUUCCCCCUCACCCCUCCGCUUCGGGCUGCGAACUCAACACCUCCUCGGGCUGACAGCCCCCUCCGUGCUUGGGAAGAGCAGCUUCUGUGCCUCCCUGCUAACGGCCCUAUAGGACCAAGAGUCCGGAGCGUCAGAGCUGGGGCCCCAGCUCAGCAAGGCGGACGGAGGGAGCAGUGGGGCCGCGCUACAGGGUUUUCCUCACCACGGCUGCCAGCCAGAUGGCUCUCCUCCUCAGACCUUUCAGGGUCCCUGACUCAGUCCCAGGUCCUUAGGACACUGUUAGAACUCAUCCCUGGGUGAGCCUGGAAGGGCCCCCCUCCUCCCAGCGAGACCAGCUCCCUCCCAGGGGAGACUGCCCCUCAGAGCUCAGGACCAUUCCUGCAGAAGCACUGAAGGCCAAAACUGACCUUCUGAAAGGCUCAAGCUUUGGAUGACUGACAGCCCCCAGAUCCUGCUCCAAGUUCCUUCCUCAGGAAACGCUGAGGUCAGGCACAACCGUGCCAGGUCCCUGCCCCUCCCUUAGGCUGCAGACACCAGCCCCAGAUUCACCGUGGGCAGCGGGAGGAAGUCUGGUCAGAACUCUUAUUGCAACAGGGCCCCAGCUCUAUAAAAACCCUGGUAAGCAUAAACCUUUAGACAGCCUGUCCGAGUGCUUUGCAUGGAGGCCGGCCUGGAGUCUCUGCCUUACCUACUGGACAGCACACCCUCCCUCCUCACCCGUCCCCUAUAUCCUCCUGAAAUCUUGACUUCCAUCUCGGCCAGCGCGGACAAUGCCUCCCAACCUCACCGGCUACUACCGCUUUGUCUCUCAGAAGAACCUGGAGGACUACCUGCAAGCCCUAAACAUCGGCCUGGCGCUGCGGAAGAUAGUGCUGCUGCUCAAGCCAGAUAAGGAGAUUGACCAUCAGGGCAACAACAUGAUGGUGAAGACGCUCAGCACCUUCCGCAACUACGUUCUGAAAUUUGAGGUGGGAGUUGAGUUUGAGGAGGAUCUACGGAUCGUGGAUGGACGCAAGUGCCAAACCAUAGUAACCUGGGAGGCGGAGCAGCUGGUAUGUGUGCAGAAAGGGGAGGUCCCCAACCGAGGCUGGAGACACUGGCUGGAGGGAGAGAAGUUGUAUCUGGAGCUGACAGCCAGGGAUGCAGUGUGCGAGCAGGUCUUCAGGAAGGUCAAGUAGCCGGAGAGGACCUGGGCCCCUCCAGACCAUGCCAGGCCCCAAGCUCCUCUUGCUUGUGCCUCUUCAAGCCCCGAUUGUCCCAGGUCAGCAGUCCCCUUCUCAGGCCACUCACUCACCCUCUGGGUCCUUCCUCCCCACUCCACAUGUUAAUCUGUAACCGCUGCCCCCAGGCCAAAGUCCUUUCUCACACCCCACUGUCUACUGGUGAUGUCACAUCCAGUUCAAGGUCUGGCCUCCUGGAUGAAAGACAUAAGCCAAGAGGAAACGCCCCUGACAAUGAGUGGUUGUGAUCACAACUGUCCUUGGUUCAUUUGGCUUCUUCUUCCCAUCGGCUUCGAGCAUUUGGGGACUAGUGAAAACUCUCCUGGUGGACCUUUCGUAAACUGUGCCUGGGGUUCUAGGAUUUAAACAGGAGCUGCUGGUAGUCUUUUUGUCCAUUUCCUUGUCCUUUUUCUCCAGAAAGUCUCCUGUGCUGAAGAGAACCAGGCCCAAGGCAGGCCCACGCACCCAGAGUUCAAUAGACCAGGUGUCCCCACAUCUGAAGAACACUGGCUACCUCACAUUUCCAACCUACAUGCUGGGGAAAGACAGAAGGGCCAGGGCAAGACCCCCGUCCAGCCCUGGGGGAGGCUGGAAGCCUCUAAAUAGUGACCUGGCCUCCUUGUGGGCUUUGGGAAGGACAGGCAGUGAGAAGGCCAGAAAAGACUGCAAAAGGAAGCAGAUGGAAGGUCAAGGGCUACAAAGAUGAGGGACAUGGGGUGUGAAGACAACAGCAGGGAGAAGACAGACAGAUUUGGCUACAGUGACCCUCUGCCUAAAUGCCAGAAAGGUUGGAGACAGGGGAGAACCGAGGACAGUGAGGCCCCUCCCUGAGGGUCCCAGAACCACUGCCCUGGAAAACAGCCCAGAAGGGUGGGGCCUGUUCAGGGUCAGGGCCUCUGGCCGCCUCCCUCCCUCCACUC